GAAGCGCUUGAUGAAGUAAACAGACACAUCAAGAAAGUGUUUGAGAUUCUUGAGAGUGAAAAAGUAAAGCUUAGCAAGGAAAUGGAAGCUUUUGAUGCGGUGGCCAAGAAGCUGAAAAGCGUUCAUUUCUCCAAAAUGCUGAAACUGAAUGUCGGUGGUAAAGUAUUUGAUACCAGUUUGGAAACUAUGAAGAGUGAUCCAGGUAUGUAUUUGUUAAUUGCGUCGAUCACUAAAAGAUUUACCAUAAAAAUUCGAGGUGCAAUUGACUGCAAGGCGUCUGAUUUCAAUUGCGUUCAGUGUAAAAUAUAGAUUUUCGCUUUGAUUCCCUAACCGAGGUGUUUUUUCGUUUAUACUCGAUAACAGGUUCAAUGUUGUACGCCAUGUUUUCCGGCCGAUUUGACUCCAAACCCGCUGAAGACGGAUGUUACUUCAUUGAUCGCGAUGGAACUCACUUCCGUCUUAUCCUGAACUACCUUCGCUCGGGGCAGCUUGUUCUUCCCGAAGAUAAGAUUCUUCGAAGAGAGUUGUUAACUGAAGCUGAGUUUUAUCAAAUUAAAGGAAUUAUUGAUGAAAUGAAGGUCUCCCCCUUUGAAAAUUCCUCCAUCCUGUCUGUAGAGCAUCGCCAAAUCUUGGCCAGCUGGUUGAAAGGCACCCUGACAAGCGCUUGUCACACCUACUCCCUGAUAUAUCGAGCCUCUCGUGAUGGCUGGGCUGCCUCCAACUUUCACUCUUGCUGCGACCGCAAAGGACCAACUGUUACCGUUAUCAAGUGUGGGAACUACAUAUUUGGAGGCUACACAGAGCAAUAUUGGGAAGGCAAGUUAUUUUUGGAAAAUAUUUUGCUUUUUUAUGAAGUUAUUUAGCAUUGUCUAAGUACCCAUUCGAUAUCUAUACCCAAGUGAUUUCCCGGUAUAAUUCGUAUCAGUUCUAAGUGGAUUUAUUGUUAUUAGACGCUCUAAAACACAGACAUUCGGGUUAAACCUUAAGAAUUCUCCUUGGUUUACGGGACAGUUAGGAAAGCGUUGUGCGUGCCUUGACGCGCGCAAUAUACAAUAACGUUAGUUUUCGUUUCUAACAGAGAGACACGAAAGCGAUUCAUUCGACCAAAAAUAUUGACAUUUUCAAAAUUUGCCUGUCAAAAUUCGAUCAAUACGCAUACUGCACCACGAAACACGAAAACUGGAAAAUUCCGUGGUUAACUUAAAGCAGUAUGGAAGGCGAAGAAAAUUCCCGGUCCUCCUUGAAAUUUGAAACCAAAUAGUUGGUAUGUUGCUGUUGAAGGGACCUUUGGAUCGCUUAAGAUCAAGUUCUUAAAGAGAGUGGGGGUAAUGAUUUCGUAGUCAUUCAGGUGCCAACAAUCCAUCUUCAUUCUAACUGCUACACCUGUCCACUCGAAGUUAUUUCUAAAAGUGUAACUAUAUCAUAAGUACUCUAACUGUGAACAGUAAUUUUCUCGAAAAUUUCAUGUCUAAUACUGUUGCAUACAAUGUUUUCGUCAGCUCUUUCAAGUGGAACGUAUAAAAAAGCUCCAGCCUCCUUCCUGUUCAGUCUCGUCAAUCCGAAUGGCCUUGAACCUUCAAUGAUGUCUUUGAUACAAGGAAAAGAGGGUUCGGCCAUCCAUUGCUACAGUAGCUAUGGCCCUACAUUUGGAGAUGGUCCAGACCUCAGAAUUGUCAACGCCCCAAAUUCAAACAGCUGCAGUGCAAGUCUCAAUAACACAUACCAGCUACCGACAGGACAGAAUGCUGGCACCUUCUUGACAGGAAAUUCGAGUUUUACCUUAAGUGAAAUGGAGGUCUUUAGGUUUGAAAACAUCUACGCUUAG